AUGUCUUCUACAUCCACCACUAAAAUAUUGGAAAAACUUCGAGGAGCCUUUUCUGCUUACGGUUUGCCCGAGGUACUAGUGAGCGGCAACGGUCCGCAGUUCACGUCAGCUGAGUUUGCUGACUUCAUGAACGCCAACGGCGUGAAACACAUUCGCACCCCGCCUUACCACGCAGCCUCUAACGGUGCCGCAGAGCGCACGGUUCAAACUGUGAAACGAGCAUUGCUCAAGCAGGUGCUCGAAGGCGAAGCAACCGGUCGGCAGUGUUCUCUUCAGGAAAAUGUUCACAGUUUUCUGAUCUGUUAUCGCAACACACCAAACAGCGUGACUGGGAAAACGCCCGCCGAACUAUUCCUAAGGCGCCAGCCACGCACAAAACUUUCCCUGCUUAAACCCGACUUUGCCGGCGCCAUGCAACGCAAGCAAGAACAUGUGAAGGAACAACGCGAUGUGUCGUGA